AUGGCUUUAGACUGUGUGAUCUUAAGAAACCAGUGCUUUCAAGUCGAGUGCGCAAACUGCAACAAGCAAACCUGGAGUGGCUGUGGACUGCACAAGAAUGCCGUGAGUCCUCGAGAAAAUCCCCAAAGAAGACCGCUGCAGUUGCAAGUAAGGCGUCAAUGGGGAAACACUUUUAAAAACCCUCCAAUCGACGUCGAUGACCUCAAUGCUAUGCGCAUUCUCAGCUGGAAUAUCAACGGCACACGCCGUAUUUUAAGAAAUUACCAGAACUGUGAUGAUAUGUUGCGCAGCCUUGACGCCGAUAUUGUCUGUGUUCAGGAGACCAAGAUGCUGAAGGGGGCUGUUAACUCCUCGCAAGCCAUCCUUCAUGGCUUCGACUCGUAUUGGUCGUUUUGCCACAGUAGAUCUUACUCCGGCGUAUGCAUCUACACGCGUUACAAAGCACUAGCUGCAGAAGAGGGAUUAAGCGGGGGAUACACAACAUACUCCUUGUCACUCCCACCCCUCGCCUACAAUCAGAGAGUACAGCCAGUCUCUGAAAUACACAAACACAACGACGACACACUCCUAGCACACAACUACCAUCCAGAAAACACUAACAUCAAGCAACUGGACACAGAAGGGCGCGCACUCGUACUUGAUUUCGGUUUCUUUGUCCUCAUCAACGUGUAUUGCCCAGCAGAAGGGGAGAACCGCGGCCAUUACAAGCACUCAUUCCAUGAAAUGCUUUUUGAGAGGGUGAAACAGCUGAAAGAUGCAGGAAGACAAGUCAUACUGCUCGGUGAUCUCAAUGUCGCUCAUCGGCCAUUCGAUCACUGCGACGGGAUCGAUUUGACGCGCACUGAUACAGGCAGGAUGGAAUUUGCUGCCAAGUACACACGAAAGUGGAUGGAUCGAUUGGUUAGCCAUUCAGACUCUCCGCUUGUUGAUGUGGCUCGCCUCCUGCAUCCUAACAAAGAAGGCAUGUUUACGUGCUGGAAUCAGGUUAUUAAUGCAAGACCAUCCAAUUACGGAACGCGCAUCGACUAUGUUCUCGUGACACCCGGUUUGCUGCCGUGGAUUAAGGAGGCUGAGAUCGCACCACACGUUUACAACUCGGACCACUGCCCCGUUUACAUAGACCUACAUGACGAGAUGGUGAUAAAAGAUGGCAAUGGCGAGAGGGCGGUACGUUUGAUAGAUCUUCUACCACCUGCUGAUACAUCUACACCACCGUUAUGUGCAGCGAAUUGGGAUGAGUUUAAUGGUAAGCAGACUUCAUUGGCGGGAUUUUUGAAGGUUGGGAAGAGAUCGCAAGCGAUAAACGAAAGUGCACUACAAAAUGGACCGCAGUCACAGUCACAAUCACAAUCACAGUUGCAACAAGAAUCUACCAAGCACUCCCCGCAACAGCCAAAAAUAGAGUCGUUCUUCCAGCCUCGCACACGUACACUCGACGAUACUCAUACCACCCCCUCAUCACCUCGGAAAUACCGUAAAGAUAAUGACACUGCAACUAAAACAGCAUGGAAAGCACUGAUGGCACCUAAAAAGGUACCCAAAUGCAAAGUACACAAGGAGGACUGCAAGGAGUAUACGGUGAAUAAGCCAGGUCCGAAUAAAGGCAAGCAGUUUUGGCUGUGCAAGCGAGACGUUGGACCUGGUUAUGAUGCGAGUGGAUCGAGUAGUCAGUAUCGAUGUAACUACUUUGUGUGGUCCUCCCAGCUUGAGCGAGAUUUGAGUGGUGUUUAA